UGUGGCUUGCGUGAUGACGUUGUGAAAAUAAAAAAUUGUUCUUGUUUGUCCAUUUAGCCAUGAAGAAGUUGUCUUUCUCCAUCCCCACCGCAAAACCCCAAUCGGUGGACACUUCCACCACCCGAAAGGACGACGACAGCGACGGAACCAAACAGUACAUCACCGAAUUCGACCCUUCCAAACCCGCAAACCCCAAAAUCACAAUCCCCCCAAUCCAAAACCAGUGGAACCCCCAACAAGACAACGAACACAGCACCACGCGGUGGCGCCGCACUCCGGAGGAGACCGAGCUGCUGCGUAAGCUGAAACUGGAUGAAGAUCUGCAGAGGUUGCCGGAGGACCAGGGGUUGGAGGAGUUCAAGGAUGUCCCCGUCGAGGUUUUCGGCGAGGCGUUGCUCGCUGGGUAUGGCUGGACGGAAGGGAUGGGGAUUGGGAAGAAGGCCAAAGAGGACGUGAAGGUGGUACAGGUCAAGGGGAGAACCUCAAGGGAAGGAUUAGGGUUCGUUGCCAAUGCUUCUGGCAACAAUUUGAAUCACUGCGACCAUCAUUUAUGUAAUUUGCAGUUCUAGUAUUCACACCUUAGUGGUGGGUUCUCUAGUAAUAGAGAUAUGCCGUACAGAAUCAAGGGUCAAUUGGUUACAAUAGUAUUAUUCUCUCUUUCUCUAAUCAUAGCUCUCCAAGUUCUCUUUUCUUUGGGUCAAUCCCUAUGGAAGCUUGAUUCCUAAGAUCUAGUACGUUGAAUCCAUGCUCUGAUUCUGUUUCUUUUAAUUUGAUAUUUGUUGUUUCCAAAUGCUGUCUCCAUCGGCAUUAUGAAUUGGUGAUUCUAUGUUGAUGUUGUGGGUGUGUGGUUCGUAUUGUUUACAGAAGGCUGUGCGUUGCCAGUAGUGUAUGAGGAUCGUUAUUGUUAUGGUGGCAAUGUUUUAUACAUGUCUUUGGCAUGCAGUGGGUAAAUAAAGUGUUGGGUUGUGAUGAUAACUGAUAGUUUCAGAUUGUUUUUCUUGUGCUUUCAAAUUUGAACUAUGAAAUGGAGAAGAACACAUAAUGGAUUUUGUUGC